CUUUGUGGCUGUGUAUGCUUGUUUGGCCGUGUCAUUUCCUGCUGGUACUUAAGUCAUGCCUCGCAGACCGGAUGUCAGCAGCAGCUGUUGCUUCCCACUGCACUUGAAUGAGGACAAUGCUCGUUUUGGCCUGUUGGCGGUGUUCAUCCUGCUGUACCUGUUCUGUGGGGCACUGGUAUUCUCUGCCCUUGAGCGUCCAUCCGAAAUGCGGGCACACCAGCGCUGGGAGGAACAUCUGGUUAACUUCACCCGGCAGCACAAGCUGAGUGUGCAGAGCCUGAAGGAUUUGCUGAGGCACUAUGAGGAGGCCUUCAUCACGGGUAUCCGGGUGGAUGCUCUGAGACCUCGCUGGGACUUCUCUGGAGCAUUCUACUUUGUCGGUACUGUAGUUUCAACAAUAGGUUUUGGCAUGACCACACCUGUGACGAUAGGGGGAAAAGUGUUUUUAAUAUUCUAUGGACUUAUUGGUUGUGCCGCGACCAUCCUGUUUUUCAACCUCUUCCUGGAGCGCAUCAUCACCAUGUUGGCGUACAUCAUGCGCUGGUGUCACGAGAGGCAACUGCGGCGUGCUGGCAUUGGAGGAGAGGAAGCUCACAGCGAGGAUGACAGUCUAGAAGGCUGGAAGCCCUCUGUCUACUAUGUGAUGCUCAUCCUUGGGGUUGCGGCGCUGCUGAUUGCUUGCUGUGCCUCAGCACUGUACUCGUCUAUGGAAGAUUGGAAUUACUUUGACUCACUGUAUUUCUGCUUUGUGGCCUUCAGCACCAUUGGCUUUGGAGACUUAGUGAGUAGUCAGAGGGAGAGCUACAAGGCACAGGAGGCCUACCGACUGGGGAACUGUCUUUUUAUCCUUAUGGGUGUCUGCUGCAUCUACUCACUUUUUAAUGUCAUUUCCAUCAUCAUAAAGCAGACCCUAAACUGGAUCCUGGCUAAGGUGGACUGCAGCAGGUUGCAGUGUCCCUGCCGAGGACACACCUACAGAAGGCAAGGCUCGGCAUGCUGCUGUUGCUGCCUCCCCAGCCAGCGGCGCAACCAGCACCCCAUGACCGGAAACCCCCGGCAGAGGGCACAGAAGCGUAAUGCUGUACACCCAGCUCCUGCCAAUGAGGCUGCGCGUAAGCAACGCUUCACUAAUGCAUCAGUGGAAACAGUGUGCGAUAGUGAGACUGAUCCUGGCCUUGGCCCAGAUGGAGGUUAUCUCACAGGGCACAGACUCUCAGGAGAAAUGAUCUCUGUCAAUGACUUUAUGGCCAACAAGGUUUCUCUUGCCAUUCUGCAGAAGCAGCUCUCAGAGACCGCCCAUGGAAACCCAAGACAGAGCCAUGUUCGGCAGAACGGCUUUUCUGUUGGAGUGGGAGCCUUCGCCAUCAUGAAUAACCGCCUUCAAGAGACAAGUGUUGACAGAUAAUUUUGUGACAACGGAUCAUAGCAUCUAGCAUCGUCCGGUGCAUUUUCUUGAAUGAGCAGAUUGAUAACAAUGUUGCUCAAUGUUAGAGAAGUGGUUUAGUGUGGAAAUAGAAUUUAGUCCAUUUUAUUUAGCCAAUAUUAAGCCUAUUAAAUGUGUCUGAUGAAGCUCAGCUACUUAUAGUUUA